AGUGCAUGUAAAACUUGUAAACAAGUAAAAUGGCCGUCAAGUAAUUUACAGGUAUCAAAAUGGAUUUUCUAUCGACGUUCCUGAUGGUGUGUACCUUGUGUAUAUUUAAUUCUGAAGCAGCGCUAGAAGCAGUGUAUUUACCAUCAACAUGCACCUCACCGCUGUCGUCAUCUUUUACAACAAGCAUGCGUGUACAAUCAAGUAGCGCACUGACGUAUAGUGACAACGUCAACUGCGUCAUCACUGUAUCCGCACCAUCAGGACACAAGGUUCUAGCUUUACCCAGGAGAUUCGAACUAGAGGAACAACGAACUGGGGCAUGCGUGGACUAUUUAAAUUUUUACGACGGAGCUUCUACAGGUUCCAGUAAGAUUAAUGCGCAGCCAUAUUGUGACAGAACAGGGCCGCACAACGUCAGUUCCUCCUCUACGUCGAUGACCUUAGAAUUCGUCACUGACGGCAGUGCUGGAUACAGGGGAUUCGAUAUCAUAUUUGCUGCAGUCACAAAUGCACCGUGUGCCGCAGAUUACUUUGGCUGUACAAAUGGUUUGUGCGUGGACAGAACGUUGCGAUGUGACAGUUUUAAUCAGUGUGGAGACGAAUCGGACGAAACAGCAUGCACAGCGGAAGAGCUUGGUAUUGUUGACGAUGAUUCUGCUCUGAUUUAUGGAUUGGCAUUUGGCCUUGGUUCUGUCGUUGUAAUAAGCAUCAUUGUCGGAGUUCUGGUGUACAGACAUUACAGAUGGAAGAGAUUUUUGAACGAACCUAUACCUAAAGACCACUAUCAAAACGCUUCCAGCAAUUAUCCCGUCACCAAGAAAUAUUACAAGCGAGCCUAUCAGUCUUACACAUACAACAGCAUAGAUUCACAAAUUCCAUCGCGCAUGUCCAACGACUUUGAAACAGAUGACGAUCUUGAUGCCGGAUCACGACCAAUGACACCAUCUUCUUCCGUUUCAAAGAAAAAUAACCUGACGGUUCCAGUAGCAAAAUCAGGAAAAGUUAACCUACGAGCAAAUACGGGAGCUAGCAAUUGCUGAUAUUUUACUUAUUUACAAAUUGCGGCAAUAUUGUCUUUUUCAUGUAUCGUUGAAUUUUAUACGUUUGUAGUUUAUCUGCUUGUAUUGAAAAUACCUUUAAACUUUUAUUAACACAGAGACUGAUUCAUCCUGUGCAAGAGGUGUACACUAACAUAAAAGUAAGGUCGAAUUCCUUCGCGAGUGAAAAAUCUAUGUCUACACUGCGAGUUAUGGAACAUUGUAUAUCAUAUGCAUAAAAUAAUCCUACCACUUCUACAUUACAUUGUUUUAUCACCAGGAUAUUACAUAUUGCUUCUUAAAUCUUUGAAAUUAUUUUCUUUUCGCAGGCGAAAGUUAUUUAUGUAUUUAAUAAAUAUGAAAAUAUUAAA